AAGAAACCUCGCCAGGAUGCCCCGGCAUGUGGAGGACAACCUCGGUGGUGAGGAGGCGUUCGAAGAAUUGGCAGAGGCGGCCGAGGCUGACGAGGCGAAGGCCGACGAUGAAGUGGCAGGAGCUGGGGAGGCGGGAGAGGAAGAUGCAUACGCGGAACAUGAUGGCGAAGAGCGGGUAGAGGAAGAUGGUGCGGACGAGGAUGCCGAGGAGGAGGAGGAGGAGGAAGAAGAGGAGGAGGAGGAAGAGGGGGAUGGGGAGGAGGAGGAGGAAAGGGAGGAAGAGGAGGAAGAUGAGGAAGAGGAGGAGGAGGAGGAGGAGGAGGAGGAGGAGGAGGAAGAAGAGGAGGAGGAGGAGGGGGAUGAGGCGGAAGAAGAGGAGGGAGGGGAGGAGGCAGUCGGGGUGGAGGGCAUGCAGGUGGUGGCGGCCAACGACGACUCGGAUGCUAGUGCCCACUACCUGCGAAACAUGCGGAGCGCACGAGCGCAGGCGCUGAUUCGGCUCCGGGGUGCUGAUUGACGCUUCCGACUACCCCAGGCUCCCCAG